GGUGCGUGCGCAUACGCGCGUGUACUCGAUUUCCACUUGCGAUAUACGUGUUUACGUAAGCAUUUAUCGGCAACCAGCAAAUCAUUCAUUAGAUCUAAUCCGCGAAACAACGUAACCUGUUGUGCAUCUACUUUCGCAAAUUUUCUUCUAAUUGGUUAAAAAAAUGACGAAAUCAUAGGAAAGAUUUCAUAUACACACACAUUCGUUGAUUGCAUCAUCACGAAUAUGUAUUGGCUCUUGUUACAUAAUUAAGUAGAUGGCGCCAUCUUAACUUUGUAGUUACGGAUCAGCUGAUCGAGUGAAAUAUUGAUGCUUAUGUACUCUCAGUUGACUACCAUUUCAUUUGACUGUUUUCAACGAAAAGUUGUCACUCAUUGGAUCAUAAACAGAGAAACAAACGAGGUUUAAACGAACCCGAUCUAUUAUAAUAACUAUGUUCGGUCGUGUGUUUAUGUCAAAUUUUCGUAAUAUUUCGCUUCUAUCGAGAGUAUGGAAUGGACCCAACAGGGCAUUGGCUGGUAGAAAUGCUGAACAAAAAAUGAUAUCAAUUCUAAGAAACAAAUUUCCUCAAGCUAAACUUAUAGAAGUUAAUGAUGUCUCAGGAGGAUGUGGUGCAAUGUUUGAAAUAAAUGUUAUUGCACCAGAAUUCAAAGGAUUGAACACUAUUAAGCAGCAUCGAUUAAUUAAUGAUGCCCUUAAAGAAGAGAUUAAGGAUAUGCAUGGAGUAAGAAUAUAUACAAGCGUUCCUGAAGCUUAGAUUAUUUGUUAUUUUUUACAAAACUAUAAACUAUAAAACUAUCUACUUAUAUCAUGUAGAUGUAUGACUGAACUGUAUAAAGUUUUGUAAAUUUUGCAUAUAAAUAUUCAUAUAUAUAUCUAGCAAUAUUUGUGUUCACAUAUAUAUAAAAUUCAAUGUUUAUUUAAAGGUUUUGAAUAAUAUGAAUCAUCUAUAUGCAUAAUAAAAAUGUGUACAAUAAAUGACUAACAUAAUUAAAUAGA